AUGUCACAGACAUUGAUUAAUGAUCACCGGCUGAACCACCUGUGCUGUCUGUACUCUUCUCCACCAAUGCCUUUGUCUCUGUGUCAAGAUCGGAAGUUUGUGAUCGCCAAUGCCCGGGUGGAGAAUUGCGCCAUUAUCUUCUGUAACGAUGGUUUUUGUGAGAUGUGCGGUUACUCGCGGGCGGAGGUCAUGCAGCGCCCGUGUACCUGCGGCUUCCUGCACGGCCCCCGCACGGCCCAGCGCGCCAUCCGGCAGCUCCAGCAGGCGCUGCUCGGCUCCGAGGAGCGCAAGGUCCAGCUCGUCUUCUACAGGAAGGAAGGCUCCUGUUUUCUCUGCCUUGUUGACAUUGUCCCAGUGAAGAGCGAGGAUGGGACGGUCAUCAUGUUCAUCAUGAACUUUGAGCCCGUCUCCGAGAAAUCACUGCUGGACUCGCUCAACAAAGAGGCCAAUCACAGUCUGCCCUCCGCAUGGUUCGCUCCAGGGGGGCGAGGUUUAGGGGUGCGAGUACCAGCGCUGUUGGCUGGGGGAGGCAGUAAGCUGUCCCUCUCUCUCUCCCUGCGGCGGGACAUUGCGGAGGCGGGCGGGGAGCAGUGCAGUUGCGAGUCGUUGGCCAUGGAGAAGCUCCUGUCCCCGGCGGCAGGAGGCCAGCGACGGCCGGGGGGGGCCAGCGAGACGGUGCGGCCCGCGGACCACUCCUCGCUCCAGCAGCUGGGGGGGCACCUGAACCCCGACGUCUCGUACUCGGCCUCCAGCCUGAGCCCCUCGCGAUCCCGAGAGAGUUUCUACAGCGUUCGCCGAGUCUCGUCGCUGGACGACAUCGAGGGCAUGAGGGGCGACUUCGAGAGAAAGUUCCGUGGCCACCACUCCAGCGCAGGGGCCGUUAACCACCUCAGGUUGACCCCCAACCUCCUGAACUCCACCUCGGACUCGGAUCUGAUGAAAUACCGAAUCCCCCACAUCACUCUCAACUUCAUGGAGCUUCACCGGGACCCCACAGUGGCCCCCGGCCCCGAGGAGAUCAUCGCCUCCAGCAAACUGAAGGAUCGCACCCACAACGUGACCGAGAAAGUCACCCAGAUCCUGAGGGGAGACGUGGUGGUGGCCAUCUUGGGUAAGAACGACAUAUUCGGGGAGCCAAUCAACCUUUACGCCCGUCCAGGCAAGUCCAACGCUGAUGUCCGAGCCCUGACCUACUGUGAUCUCCACAAGAUCCAGCGGGAGGACUUGCUGGAGGUGCUGGAAAUGUACCCCGAGUUCUCCGACCAUUACUGGACCAAUCUGGAGAUCACCUUCAACCUGCGCGAUACGAACAUGAUCCCAGGAUCCCUGUCCAGUGAUGAUUCAGACGGAGGAUUUGGCAAGUUACGGAGACGGAAACUGUCCUUCCGACGUAGGGCGGAACACGACCAUGAGAAGACGGGAGAGGAGCUGCAGGGGGAGAGGAACACACGGGAGAUGGGUGGGCCGCAUUGCGAGGGGGGCCGGCAGCCCUGGGCCGGGUGUAGCAGCAGCCCCUCCCUCUCCCAAUCCAGCCCUGAGGACAUCAAACGGCCGCAGUCCAGCACGGUAGAGCUCUCGCCCUCCAGCGCCCAGCACCUGGACUUCAUCUCCGUCCAGGGCUCCAGCACCGAGACACAACGUAACUCCAUGGACAACUGUAACCCAUUGUCUGGAGCCUUUGCAGGUGUCUCAAAUAUCUUCAGUUUCUGGGGUGAGACCCGUUCCCAGACGUACCAGGAGUUAUCCCGGAGCAUGGCACCCGUACACAGCCCUCAUCCCAACCCCGCCCUGGGCACCGGCCGACCACAGUGGGCAGAGGUGCACUGCAGGCUGGAUCUUCUGCAGAAACAGCUCAACAGGCUGGAGUCGCGCAUGGCGACUGAUAUCAGUGCGGUCAUGCAGCUGUUACAGAGACAAAUGGCGCUGGUGCCUCCGUCCUACAGCACUGUCUCCUCCCCUCCACGGGCAUCACCCCACACCCCGGAUCACAGCCCAGACCAGCCCCAGGCUCCCAGGCCCAACCACAACCACAGGCUCUCCCAGUCCCAGUGCCCCAGAACCUGCACUGACCUGUGGGACCACGUCCAGUGUUUACAGGGAGACUGUAAGCCCGGUUGCCGGUGUCCCGAGGGGUGGCUGCUGCAGGACGGGCAGUGUGUGCCGGUCACACAGUGUCGCUGUGGCCUCCCCACAGCUAAUGUAACCACAGAAUACCGACCCGGUGACGAGGUGUGGAGAGACUGCAAUAACUGCACAUGUGUGGCUGGGAGGUUGGCGUGUUCGGAGCAGCCCUGCCCCGUGUACAGCGCGUGGUCAGCCUGGAGCCCGUGUUCUGUCUCCUGUGGGGAGGGGCAGACCUCGCGCACACGCACAUGCCACCCCAUCCCGGGCUCCGCUGCCUGCCAACAGCUCGUCCAGCACACCGCCUGUCACCACAGGGCCUGCCCAGUGGACUGUGCAGUGAACUCGUGGUCAGAGUGGAGUGAAUGCAGCGCGAACUGCGGAGGAGGAUUCAGAACACGGAACAGGGGCAUCGUCCGGGAAGCGGAGCCGGGAGGAGCGCCGUGUCCCCACAUCCUGACCUUCCAGACACCCUGUAACCCUCACAGCUGUACUCCAGAGUGCCCGGGUGAGCAGGUCUUCGGCCUGUGUGCCAACGCCUGCCCACGGGCAUGUUCUGACCUGUGGCCUGGAGUACAGUGCCAACAGAGCCAGUGUGAGCCCGGCUGCCUCUGCCCCACGGGACAGGUGCUGCAGGGAGAGGAAUGUGUGUCUCUGGAUGGCUGCCGCUGCCCGCACCCCCCAGCGCCCGCCCCUGGGCUGGUCAACAUCUCCCUAGUGCAGAGCGAGGAGCAGCCACCGGGGGCAGUAUAUCUGGACCAGUGCAACACCUGUGUAUGUGAGAAGGGUAUCUUCAACUGCUCAGAGAGAGACUGUGACGUGGACUGUAUCUGGUCGGCUUGGUCCGGGUGGUCUGAAUGCUCUGUCACCUGUGGCUCCGGUGUCCAGGUCUCCACCCGGCUGCCAGCCCGGGAUCGGGAAUACGGUGGGAGAGAGUGCCAGGGGCCGCGGGAGCAGAGGCAGCCCUGCACCACGGCUGAUUGUGAGUGUCCGGAGGGUGAGCGGUGGAGCCGGGGCUCGGCAGAGACAGCGACGGAGACGGAGACUGAGACGGUGUGUGAGAGGGUGUGUACCGACCUGCACCAGGACAUGGCUCAGAACUGCAGCGGCCUCGGCGAGAGGGGCCGCUGUGUGUGCGCUGCCGGGAGGUAUAGGACCACCGCGGGGCAGUGUGUGACACCAGCCUACUGCCCGUGUGCCGACGGGCACACCGUGUAUCCGCCGGGGUUUGAGUGGGACGAGGGGUGCCUGAGCUGCCGGUGUGUCAAUGGGAUGAAGGCGUGUACAGCCGCCUGCCCCCCACUCUUGUGUCUGGAGGGGCAGGUGAAGGUGGAGGAAGUCGGGUCGUGCUGCCCUGUGUGCAGGAGAGAGAUACCCGGAAGCCGCUCUGAGAUCUGCCGCAGGUUUACAGAGCUGAGGAAUAUCAGUAAAGGAGACUGUCACCUGAGGAACGUGGAGGUCAGUUACUGCAGCGGCAGUUGUCUGUCCACAGUCUACGUCAUCCCAGAGGAGCCGUACCUGCGGAGCGAGUGCGAUUGCUGUAGUUACCGUCUGGACCCGGAGCUGCCGGUGCGGUUUGUGGUGUUGGAGUGCGGAGACGGUGAGACGGAGACCCUGGUGCUGCCCGUCAUCCACAGCUGCGAGUGCAGCGGCUGCCAGGGUGGGGAUUUUUCCGGCCGCUGA